AUGAAUAACUCUGUAUCACUCUCGGAUCUUCUAACAGGCGACCCUGGCCUUCCCAAAUCCAAUCCCACGCAGUCAUACUGGCAACGCGAUCCCCAUGCGCUGGCAACGGCAGAAUCGCCCUCUCUUCCUGAACAGACAGACUUCACUGUCAUCGGCUCUGGAAUCACCGGACUAGCGGUUAGUCUGACGCUUCUCGAGAACCAUCCGUCGGCGACGGUCACUGUCCUCGAAGCUCGAACGCUGUGUUCGGGAGCUACUGGGCGAAACGGCGGCCAGAUGGCUGCGAAUGCCGGCGAGGAGUACCUGCAUCUGGCGCGAGUUCAUGGGGCUGAGAUGGCUGGCAAGAUUGUCCAGUUCACCUUUGACAAUCUGGACAAAAUGGAGAGCUUAAUUCAGAAAUAUGCGCCCGACGAUUGUGACUGGCAGAAGGUUGAGAAACUCCGGGUCUUUCUCACGGAGGCUACCUUUGAUGAGUUUCAAGAGAGUGUCGCCAUGAUGGAACGCGAUCACCCGUCUCUGCGGGGGAUUUAUACCGUCUUAAACAAAGAGCAACUGAAGCAACGGUACAACAUUGACGGCGCAGGAGGUUGUCUCCUUCCUGCUGGAACGGUUUGGCCAUACCGAUUAGUGACCAAUGCCUUUGCCAGUCUGAUGGAGAAAUAUCCGUCCAGAUUGUCUAUCGAAACCAACACACCGGCCACCGCCGUCUCGUAUGACAGUGCUUCGACUAACUACCCAUACAUUGUCCAAACUCCUCGAGGGUCCCUCCAAGCCGCCAAAGUAGCCUACUGCACCAAUGGCUAUACAGGCCACCUUCUCCCCAGUCUGCGGGGUCGGAUGUUUCCUUACAAGGGCACCAUGACUGUGCAAGACCCAGCCGAGUCCAUCCCGAAUCAGGGACGCGAUCUCUCAUGGGGGUUCCAUUAUCCGGCCAAGUUUGACGCGCAGUCCGGACGAUGGGCCGCAGGUCUCUACUAUCUCCUUCAGAACGCAAACAGCGGGUACUUCUACUUUGGUGGCGAGGAUACUCGCAUUGACCUGUGCUUGAGUCCUGACGACAGCUACGCAGGAGAGGCGUCCGUGAUGCAACUGCGGGAGAAGCUACCGCCGUUCUUGGGGUAUGGGAACAGAGGGCCAUGGCCGCUUAUCAGUUCAUGGAGUGGUAUUAUGGGGUUCUCAGCAGAUGGAGUGCCACUCGUGGGCCAGCUUCCCUCGUCGCUUACUGGGAGAGAUGGCACGGGCGAAUAUCUCGCCGCUGCUUUCAAUGGAUACGGAAUGGCGAAUUGCUUGAUGUCAGGGGAGGCAUUGGCGAAGAUCAUGCUGGGUGAAGAGGUGCCGUGGCUGCCAGGAGCUUAUGGGGUGAGUGAUGCAAGACUGAAGGGACUGUUGACAGUCGAGAAUGCGACCAAGCAUUUUCAGUAG